AGUACGUAUGGUUUGCUCUAUGGUUGAAACAUGGCAGUAGAAUGAAUGGGUGCUAUUGUGUUUUGACGUACUCGUAUUGAAGUACAUUUUACUUUAACUUUCAAAUUCUGGAUUUGGGUAUUGCAUCGGCUUUAAUAAAACUGUCACAAUGUCAUCUGGCCGACCUAUCAAAUGUGUCGUGGUAGGAGACGGCACCGUGGGGAAGACGUGCAUGCUGAUCUCCUACACAACGGACAGCUUUCCCGGAGAAUACGUCCCCACUGUAUUCGACAACUACUCAGCGCCAAUGGUGGUCGAUGGAAUCCCGGUCAGCUUGGGGCUGUGGGACACAGCAGGCCAAGAGGACUACGACAGGUUAAGGCCACUUUCAUACCCUCAGACAGAUGUCUUCCUCAUUUGCUUCAGUGUCACCAGCCCUUCAUCAUUUGAGAAUGUUACCUCAAAGUGGUAUCCAGAAAUCAAACACCACUGUCCUGACGCUCCCAUGAUAUUAGUUGGGACGAAGAUCGACCUGCGAGACGACCGGGAGACGCUGACUGCGCUGGUGGAGCAGGGCCUGUCGCCCAUCAAGCGCGAGCAGGGACAGAAGCUGGCCAACAAAAUACGAGCGGUCAAGUACAUGGAGUGCUCUGCGUUAACCCAGCGAGGCCUCAAACAGGUGUUUGACGAAGCGGUGCGAGCGGUGCUGCGACCGGAACCUCAGAAGCGUCGCCAGAGGAAGUGCAGCAUGCUUUAGGUGGUCCGACACGUCACAGAACAUAACAUUGCCAGAAUGAUGUUUGCAAAUCCCUGCACGCCUCAUGAGGAAAUGUGUUGGAGUUGUGCACAAUAUUCACAAUACUGUAAAUACCUUAUGCCACCACGGAUUCAUAACAAUGUGAGUAGUCAUAACAGUUAAGUUCCCAGUUUGAAAUAUUUUUGCACUUGUCAUGUUGGAGUGGGUGAGAAUUUCUUGUGUUUGUCUAUCUGUAUGUGCUCUCUGUAAGUAACAUCUUUUGGUUUACAAUCCCUUUACCAUCACUACAAAAUGUUUGAAUCCAGUGUAGUUACUGUACUUGCAUAAUUGUUUGUUUCCACUCCCGUGCAAAUACAGUAGAACCCUGUUAUAAUGAAUCUGAAGGGAGUAGUUUAUAUGUUCACUAUAGAGGGGAAACUUUAUAUCUGGGAAAACUUUUAUAUUGGCAAAACAUACUCAAAAGCAUAAUCUUAACUACACAUAGGCCUAAGCCAACAAAAGAACGAAUGAAAAUACUCAAAGCAACAGUUUUAUGAGCAAAUGCAGAUAUUAUUUUUAAUACACUACACAUGUACAAACUUUCUAUUAAUGGUUCUUCGACAUCGGCGUAUUUUCCUUUUUUUUCAGCCGUUUAAUACUCUGUGACGUAUUCGCAGCUUGAGAAAGAAGAUUGUUCAGCUUGUUUAAUAUUGUAUUUAAUGUGGAUGUUGCAAUUCCCAGUUCCUUUGAUAUUAACACGUGCGGGACAGUGGGGUUGGAGUCUACCUUUUUAAUAAUGUCCAGUUUAUCUCGCACAGAUAAUGCCUUGCGUUUUUUAACGCGUUUUUCACCCGUUUUUAUGUACGUAUUUCUUAUUGAAGCACAUUUGCAGAACACGAAAUUCUUUUUACCGUCAAAAGUAAAUAAACGAAAAAUAACGAGUGUGGCGCAUCAAAGAUCACUACGUAUCAUUUAGUAUCGCAGUUGCUAAAGCUGGAACAAAAAUUUCUUUCUAUGGAAAAAUUUAAUCCACAGAGUUCUAUCUAGUGGUAGUCUUACGAACCUUACUCGAUCAAAAUGUCCGAAACGUGAACGAUAAAAAUGAGACGAAAAAUAUUGAAUUUGUUGCUAUAAUGUACACGCGUUCGCCCAUUCUUUAACUAUGCAGGGAAAACUAUUUUUUAUUUUCACCAAAUUGAUCACCAUUUCUGGCUACACGUAGCCUACCGAGGCCACUCGAUUACGACUUGUUUUUAAUAUGAACAGUGGACAAUCGAGUAGCAUACUGCAGAGAAAAAUGUUAAUGUGAUCCAGAAUAGACGUUUUGUGAAAAUACUUGUAAUUAUAUGAAAAUAUUUGAGAUAAAUGUGCAUUAUGUCGGCAAAAUUUGUUCGUGAUACACGGGAAAACGUAUCAACAUUGACAAAAGUUGUGCGCUAUAUCCAAUAAAUUAAUACAUAACCUCACAUCAUUUUGCCGGGACCGAGACGGAAAUUCACUAUAAACGGGAAUUCAUUAUAGGCGGGUUCACCAUAAACUGGUUCUACUGUAUUUCACUUGAAAUGCUGACGUGUUUGGUGAGUAUAAAUUACGUUGGCUAUGUUUGCCAAUUAAAGUUAAAAUAUAAAUUUUCCUAAAGGCAUAGGUUUUUUGUAGGACUAUAUAAGGAUUGGUUUCUCUUACUAGACUAAGUUUAAUCUAGUCAUACCAUAAUUAGGCUUACUUUUAGUGAGUUCAUAAUAUUUAUUUCCAAGAAAAGUAACUUAGGUGUGCAUUACUUAAUUAAUGGGACUUGGAAAAUGAAUGUUUUGUUUUUCAUGGGAACUGAAAUUAAUUCUGAUGUUUUUUUUUUAUUCUAAAUGAUUAUAAAACUUAUUUUUAAAUACUUUUUUUUUUAAAAUAUACUGUGUUUAAAAUUAAAUCUAGUGCAAGAAUCAAAUACAUAACUUAUCUUUUCUGUAGUGAAUCAUCAGAUGUUACUUACCUUGUUUAUUACCGAAUACAAUUGUAUUAAAUAUGAUCUGAUAGUAGCCAAGUUCAUAGGUUUUCUGUUUGCGGUUCAUACGCGUAGUGUAAAUGUUUUUGAGAUUUGUGUUAAGGGACUCAUUGUAAUGUUUUUAUACUUAAUAGGAGUACAUGAACUAUAAAUAUUGUAUUCUUAGGCAAAUAACCAUAGAGAGAUUCAUGGACAUGUAGUAAUUAUAGUUAUAAGCCAGAUAGUUAUAGAUAGUUUUUACAUUUUUUUUUUGCCCCAUGCUUUCAUACAUUUUGUUAAAUCUGCAGAAAGAGUAAUAAAUUAAAAAGUUAAAUGAUUUCAUAGUAUAUUUUUCAGUUGUUAUUGCUUGAAAAUGUAUUUUCAAGUUAUAUUUAUAUUAUAAUUUUCUCUUGGUAUCACAGUUAACUGUUACAAUAUCUUGAACACAUUUCAAUCUCUAGUAAACUAUGAUAGUAAUUUUUAAUGUCUUGUCACAUAUUAUUCUUGCCCAUCUACAUUCAUAUUGAAGAUCUUUUUGACUAGUGGCCGUAAGAUAUGAUAUAACUGAUGAUAGUUAACACUACAAAUAAUUUGAACAUUAAAUUUGUAUUCAAAUUAAGUGGUUUUUUAACACAGCACAGAGAUACCUAUAACCGUCCAUAACAUUCAAAAACUAAUUACUUAACAUCAUUUUACAAACUGUUCAAAAGCCUUAUUCUUUGCUUUUGUGAAUUUCCAAAAUGUUAUUUUCAUAUUUUUAUAUGAAAUUAGCUGAAGGACCUGGUGUUUCCCGGGGUUUAUACAGAGUGAAGAGGCUGUGAAGAGUUGAGUUUGACUUAGUUAUUGGUUAUUUCAUUUACUCUAUUACGGAAAUUUCAAUGCUGUUUUAAAAUGCAAACAAACAGCACCAUCUAGCAGUUUUAGUAAAACAGUUCACUGUGCGGAAAAUUUGAAUCAGCAUAUAUUUAGUAUAGAAAUUGUAUGCCCUAUUGGAAUAUACCCACCACCUUUUGUCUUAUUUCAUCACCGUUUUCAAAAUACUCAUGAAAUAUUGAUAGAGAAUGAACUUACAUGUAACUGUUGGACUGCAACUUUUAGUUAGAUAUAUGAACUGAAAGAGAAAUCAGCAUAGUAAUAUUAAACAGAACUAUAAAAGUGGUAAACAUAUUUGAUCCAAGUUUGUUCCGACUUAUAUAACAAACAAACGGAAACUCUUCUAAACCCACACACACUUAUUUAUAGUUAAUAGUACAGCAAGUUCUUGAUUAACAGACACUUGUUUCACAAACAUUUGGUAUUAUAGUAUUAUAGGCACUAUACAUAUAUUUUUUUCCCUUUAAUUUUGAUAACGGCUAACGUACAUUUCCGCAUUGCAACUUACGAACGGUCAGGGUCAGUAUUACUUGGAAUAGCCUGUCUAUACACUCAUAUCCAAGCACGGCACGGCGUUCACACAUGAAUAAUUCUUGCACGCAUGCAUAAUUGUUAUUUAAGGAUGACACAACUAUUUUAUAAGAGUCUGGGUUUAUUUAAGCCUGUGCCUGUAAAAAAAUGGAGGGAAGGACACUGCGUUAAUAUUUACAAUGCAUGUGACAAACAAAACGACAGCCAAUUUACCCCUUCCACCAGCCCAUGCGUCCCGUUAUAAGGAAAUUUGUGCUAGUCGUUCAUCUACUUGCUGGGCGGUGAAACACACAGGCCAUUCUAUACCAUUGCUCCUUUGUUGCACCGGCUCUGUUCGUUCGCUGUUUUUUCACCCAAAUUAAUCAGAUUAAGUUCUUGCAUGUUACAUUCAGUUAAAUCUUAUUAUGUGUAUGUUUUAUUAUACAUAACUUCUUGUUAUAUUUUGUUUAAUAAUGUCCAUGCAACAGGCUGGCCUGCUGCCCAGCAAGUCACAAGUCUGCAGUAAUGUUUUUAUGUCACAUGCCAUUCAUUACAUACUGGUUUGUGUUCUUAAAUGUCAAGAUAUACAAUCAGAAUUUUAUUAUGUAUUGAUAGAUGGUCAAAUAAUAAAAACCGGCAUUUUUGAAGGUCUAGGAACGUAACAUUGUGCUUUAUGAAGAAACAUAAUUUAAUUAAUGGAUGUUUUAAUUGACGGACAAUUUCUGGAAACUUAACCUGUCUGUUAAUCAAAGACUUGCUGUAUAUGUAUAGAUAAUGUAAGGAUGUCUAUUUAUAUUGCCUGUAAAAUAUUUGUUUUAUUUAUCAAACAUCACAAUUUUUCUGUCACAGGUGUAGAAUAGAACACUUUAAGCUUGCCAUAACAAAGUUGUAAUUGUCAAUAAUAUAUUGUAAUUAAGGUUACGAUGGCUUAGUGCCUGAAGGAUGUGUAAAAAAAAAUGUUCUCCGUUACGUAUUGUGUCAUAUUCUGUUCAAAUUUUUUCUUAAUUUUUAUUUAUUGUAUACUGUCUGCUUUAAUCAUUGUACACCAAGGUACAUUGCUUCACCAGUGUUCACUUUGUAGACUUUCUGUGUUUUUGAACAAGGCUUAGUGUUUUUCAGUGUUUUUAUUUAAUCUAUGAAUAUACUAUCACAUGGUUCACAAACCCUUACAAGUUUUUGUUCAAAUACAAUAAAUUUUUACUUAAUCAUCAACUAUUUUGUUAAAUGGCUACACUCAUUAAAAACCAUUGCAUUGAUUUUAAUGGAGGUAUGAAUCUAGAUGCAUGUUCUGCAUGAAAAAAAGUUAGCUUUAAAUGUGAUGUAGCAAUUUUUAAUUUGUUAUUCUUUUUGCAGUGAGCUUGUUUGCUCCAAAAAAUCAUGGAAUAAUAAUGAACUUUUGUGUUUAGUAUCAUUAUGUUGCUAAUAAGUUUUAGAUUACUAAACACAUGUAUGUAAAAAGGUUACUGAAAUCACAAUUAAUGUAGUGAUUUAAUUGAGAAUUGUAUUUGUCUAUUACUCAGCCAUAUCUGUUAAGAGCAGCUCUAUUUUGUAAAUUUUAUAAGAAUCUCAUUUAUUUUUGUGUGUGCAAUGCAUCAGUGGCCUGUAAUAGUGGUUUGUAAAGCAUUUAAGGGGAGUCAACAAAACAUUAGCAUAUAGUAGGGAUGUGCGAAUCCUUGAUUUUCAUUUCGGUUCGAAUCCGACUCAAAUCCCUGGCAAUAUUUGAGAUAUGAAUCCGAUUUCCGAAUAUUAAGCACAGAAUAAUUAAAAAUAACUGAUUAAUUUAAAAAUGUCUUCUCUUUUUUCUAACUGUAACUACUGGCAAUUAUUAGGGAUGGUGAUUUUUAGUUUUUGCUAAAUAUAUGCUAAAUUAUAUUUUUUCCGCUAUAAAAUGCUAAAUCUAGGCUAUUCCGAGAUAAAUGCGAAAUCAAGGUAAAAAACCUAGAUUCGUCUUCACUAUACACAAUUUAUUUACCGAUUGUAUUUUGUUUCAGUUCAGUAUCAAAAGAAACCAUCAUUUUAUGGCGUAUUCAGCACAAGUAUCUUAUUGUCACAUCAUUCACAACUACUAUUUUUCGUAAAUAUUGAGUGUAGAAUGGCCAUCCGUGCCUCGCGAUUGUAAACAAAGCAAAGAACAACUAGCUGGAAGAUUGUCUGUCAUCUUGCAGAGUACAAGUUUUUAGGCCACCAUAUUGCGACAUCUCUGCUUCGUUGCGCUAAGAAUUGUAAGUCCCAUUUUCUGGCUGUGUUUCACGUGAAAGCCGCGUUCUUGUGUAGUCUGUGGAAUGUUGCGUGUUUACAAAUACGUGUAUACUCGUGAAUGUGUUGUAUACUGUUAUUCCUCGUGGUAAAAAUGGGACGAAACGUCAUUUCCAUUCGCAAUCGCAUAAAUGAAUACAAAAGUGAACAGUUAUAGGAAAGUGAUACGAAUAUUUUAAUGCGCAAUUUUAAUUUAUGUAAUCGCCAUCUGGAAUGGAAAAAAAAAAGAUUCACCAAUAAGUCGGUUGAAGAAAAAAUGUCGGUAAAACGGCAAGCAACGGUUUCUUUUUUAAAAAUAUACUUUUCUUCAGUAAUGUAAAAUGAGAGAAUUGGCUAAAUUGUGUUUUUUUAAUGCUACAAAAUGCUAAAUUUCGAAUUCAAAAUGCUAAAUGUCAUUAUUUUAAAUGCUAUAAAUCACCAUCUCUAGCAAUUAUUUAUUACACUGAGAUUGAAAUGUUUGUAAUUAUGUAAACUUAAUAAUAAACACUUUAAAAUAUGAAAACCAAAACAUAUUCAAUUCUCCAACUCAAAUUUAAUAAACUACACGCCACAGGGAAAUCUCAGUUUUAUAAACGUUUCAGCAAACCAAACCAUUUUAUCUCCAAUAAAUAGCCGAGACUUUUUUUCUUGUAGGUAUGUAGGUAAUUGUUUUUAGUUUAUAGUUUGCUAUACGACGAAAUUCGUAAUUAUAGUUUAAGCUCUCGAAAUUCUUUUAAUCUCACUGGGUUAAUUAUUUAAUUUACAUAUCUUUUUUUGAUACAUCAUAUUAUAAAUAAUUACGUAAUAGUAGCCUAAUUUUAUUUUUCAUUGCUAGUAUUUUUGAGCCGUAUUAAAUUAAUUUAUAACUUUUGUGAAUAUUCGUAAUACUGUUCGAAACCAUGUACGUACACGAUUCCGGGUUUGGGUAAUUGUGGAUUCGAACCGUACCCGAAAAUAUUGGGUACUCGCACAUCCCUAACAUAUAGUUGUGGUAUCAAUAUAACGACUUUAGUUACUAUGAGACAGCAAAAUCUUGUAAAAAGUGCCCAGUGAUGAAAGAAAUUGUAUAGUAAAUUAUUAUUUCUAGUGCCUACAUGCAGUGUCAUUAUGCAUUAAAAAUCACAACUACUGGUUGAAUCUGUUAAGAUGUGUAGCUGGAGUUCAGAGUAUGUCUCGUUAAAGAAUGGAAACUGCCCUAAGCAUGACUUCUCCCAGUUGCGCAGAUUGCCCUUAUUUGACUAAAUUAAAAUAAUUAUUGUACUGUGUAAUAGUGUUGCUACUCAAUGCAUUCUAAUAUGUAUGUCUAAUUUGUAUAACAUUUUUAAUUAUGCAUGUCAGAAUGUAUAUGUCUAAUUUUAUGUUAAAUUAAUAUUUUCCCCCUUAAAUGCUUUUUUUAAAUGUAGUUUCUAACUGCACUAGCAGUUAAGCUGUGAAUAUUUUUAAUUUUCAGCUGUUGAUGAUGAACUGCUUUGAUUAAUUAGGUUUAGACUUUCAUUGUGUGUUUGAGUGAACUUACGUGAAACUAUAAAAUGUGAACAGAAAGCAAUACUCAUUACUUGGUAAAUUAUUGUUUGUUCGUUACUGACACAAUUUUUUUUUUGUUGUUUUGCAGUAAGUAGGACUUUUUUUCAUUCAGUUAACAAGAUUCAGGUACUUGUAGCUAAUCAAACAACCUGUGGAGUGGGUAGUAUCUUUUCAGGUGAUCAAGAUGUUGGGAACCAUACCGGACCUAUAUUUUCCAUAAGGGUAUGUGUGCCACUCUUUGGUGAAGCUUGAUGUGAUGACCCCAAUGGACACUGCUAGGAAUUCUCAUCACCUAAUCCCUACUUUAAUGCAAAAUGAAUUUCUCUCACUUGCACAGAUUGUCGAAACAACUUCAAACAUCCUGGUUUCCUUAUAUCACAUUUACUUUUUUGCUUUCCAGUUAAUGGGUCUCGACUCAUGAAUUAAAAACAAUUUUUUAUUUUUCCCUCCAAGCUGUCUGUAAGUACUUGCUCAUUUUGGUUUUUAAAAUAAUAAUGUGUUUUUAUUUAUUUAUAAAUAUGAUAGUGAAUUAUUCAAUGACACUAAAAUGUUUGUUAAUACUCUAUUGCCAGUAUAUAUUUAUGUUUACAGCCAUACAAACUAUAUUUUUACAAUAACAUCAUUUCUAAUAAUACAUUCUGUCUUUUGACAGAUUUACUUGGGACAAAAAAAAUUAUCAACAGGCAUGUGCACUUAAUAAAUCUACAACAUUUUGUGUACAGAUGAGUUUCCUUGUAAAAGAUGCAUUAUGUAAACUAUCUGCUAAAAUAGUUUUCUUUUUAAAUUUUAUGUCAAUUGUUUUAAUUGUAAUUUGCUAUAUAUUUUUGAUUGUGUAUUCACAUUCUCAUGUUACAACUGAGGUUUUUAGUAAUUUCAAAUAGCCCAGGAGUUGUAUGCGUGUUUUUAAAGCUACAAUAAUUAUAUUAAAGUUAAUGUACCAACUAAUUAACUCAACAUGUUUUUAUCUUUUAUGAAUAUUUUAGUUGUCAAAACUGCCUUUAUAUUUCCCCUGUAAAGCAAAAUGCAUUAAGAUAAGUUGUGAUCCCUUAUUAUACUUAUGAUUGUGGUAGGAUAAUAUAUGUAGUUUGUUUUCAGGUCAGGUAGCAAUGUUGUUGAGUGCACCAUUACAAAAUUUUGAUAGUCUUGUUCUUUUUACAUAAUUUUUUGUCUUGAAUAGUGGGAAUUAUACAUGUUAAAAUAAAACUGUUUUCAAACUAUUCUUAUCAGCUUUACGUGAUAACAAUUAAUCUGUGUAUUCUAUGGAAUUAUCUUACUUAAAUAUUUUCGGCAAUUGUUUUAUCACAGUUAUAUAUAAAGCUAUCUCAGUGUAGAUUGUCAUAACUUGAAGGGAAUAUUUGUAUAAACCAAAGUUGUGGUCGAAGCAGGUGCUGACCAUUUUGAUCUAGUCAGUAUUGGUUUGGUAAUUUAAAAUUUAAUCAGAUUUAUAUUGCUGUAUUAUAUGUUGAGAAUACUUGUCAUUUUAUUUGUGCUGUUUGUAGUACAUACAUGCAAGACUUGUACUUUACCAACAUUGCAAUAUUAUUCUCUUUGUAAGAAAGAGAAUAUGAAAAAUGUAUCAUUUAUGCAAAAUAUUUUUUGUAUUUUAUUUUGUGCAACACAUGUUUUUGAUGCAUUGGCUUUGUAUGAAGAUUUUUAUUUUGUAACAUGAGACAUUAAAUAAAUUAUUUUUACUUCAGAAAAUUCUUCUUUGAGG